AUGCCGGCGCCUCCGGUCAUUAGCCCGGCUGCGGCGUCAGCCUCAACAAUUGCUGACCCUGACCACACGACUCUUCUUACCGCGUCUGCCUACAGCAUUGAAGGGCACACACCCGUCAUCAAACCUAAGCCAUCCGUGCUGCGAAAGAAGAUCCACAGUACCUACCGCCGCCUAUCAAUCAUCAAACAUUCUGCACCACGCAAUCUGGCUUUCUUCGCAUCCCAAGCUUCCACUGCUGUCCAAGGACGCAAGUCCAACAAGGCCUCAGCACUCUAUGACGGUUUCGCACAGACUGAAGCUGUCCACGACCCCAACAUGUCUUAUCCUUCUGUUACCGGCGGCGGUGCUGGUCGCAACAUCGACAUGAGUAGAACUGAGUCCGAUCUCGCGGUCAACAUCCGAAAAGCCACCAGCAUCGAGGAAACUGCGCCCAAGCGAAAACAUGUCCGAAGCUGUAUCGUCUACACUUGGGAUCACAAGUCUUCCAUUUCUUUCUGGGCCGGAAUGAAAGUUCAACCCAUCCUCGCCGACGAAGUCCAGACCUUCAAAGCCCUCAUCACCGUCCACAAAGUCCUACAAGAAGGUCACCCCAUCACCGUCAGAGAGGCCCAACAAAAUGUCAAUUGGAUAGAAUCUUUGGCAAGAGGUGUCACCGGCGAAGGUCUACGAGGAUACGGACCGCUCAUCAGAGAAUACGUCUUUUUCCUCCUGGCCAAGCUGGGCUUUCACCGACAACAUCCAGAGUUCAAUGGUCUCUUCGAAUACGAAGAGUACAUCAGUCUGAAAUCAAUCAAUGACCCUAAUGAGGGAUAUGAGACCAUUUCCGACUUGAUGACACUUCAAGAUCAGAUUGACACAUUUCAAAAGUUGAUAUUUUCUCACUUCCGCGGUGGCGCCAACAAUGAGUGCAGAAUUGCAGCCUUGGUGCCCUUGGUGCAAGAAAGCUAUGGCAUCUACAAGUUCAUCACGAGCAUGUUGCGCGCCAUGCAUACCACCACCGGUGACGAUGAAGCUUUGGAACCUCUGCGCACCCGCUACAAUGGUCAACAUCAUCGUCUGAUCAAGUUCUAUUACGAAUGCUCGAACCUCCGCUACCUCACCUCCCUCAUUACCGUCCCGAAACUCCCCCAAGAUCCUCCGAAUCUCAUCGGCGAAGACGAAGAGAAACCUGCCUUGCCGAGGCGACCACAAAAGGAAAUUGAACGAGCCCCAUCUCCAGUCACAAAGAAUGGCACACCAGAUCCAAAAGACAUGGAUGAUUUCUGGUCAAGAGAGGCCCAAAGACAACAGGAGGAAUACGAGGCCGAACAGCGGCGUCUGCAGCAACAAUGGGAGGAUCAACAACGUCAACAGAUGAUGGCUCAACAAGAAGCGCAGCGUGCCUUCGAGAAACAGCAGAGAAUGCAGGCCGAGCAGCAGCGAUUGGCACAAGAACAGCUGAUGCGCGAUCAAUAUGCCGCACAAACUCAAGGUCGCAUGGCCGAGCUGGAACGAGAGAACCUCAAUGCUCGCGCGCAAUACGAACGGGACCAGUUGAUGCUGCAGCAAUAUGACCAGCGAAUGAAGGCGCUCGAAGAACAGCUUCAACAACUCAACAGCAACUUCCAGAUGCAGUCCUCGUCCAAGGACGAUCAGAUCGCAUCUCUGCAGGAACAGGUCAACACAUGGCGAUCCAAGUACGAGGCCCUGGCGAAGCUGUACUCUCAGCUGCGACAGGAGCAUCUCGAUCUCUUGCAGACCACCAAAUCACUCAAAUUGAAGGCAGCGUCAGCGCAGGAAGCCAUUGAUCGCCGAGAACGACUGGAACGGGAGAUGAAGACUAAGAAUCUGGAGCUCGCCGACAUGAUCCGAGAACGCGAUCGGGCUCUCCACGAAAAGGAUCGCUCUCAAGGCGGCCACCGCGAGGAACUCGAGAAACUCAAACGAGAAUUGCGCCUGGCCAUUGAACGAGCCGAAACCGCAGAGAGAUCCAAGGGCUCUGAACUGUCGUCCAUGCUAGCCAAGUACAAUCGCGAGAUGGCCGAUCUGGAGGAAGCCGUCCGGACCAAGACCAGACAGCUGGAAGACAUCCGAUCCAAGCACGGUGAGCGCAAUGAGGAUCACGAGGCUGUUCUACGUGAAAAGGACGACGAGAUUGAAAUCUACAAGUCGGGCAUGGAGCAAGCGUUGGAGGAACUGGAGGAGCUCAAGAUGGGUGGUGGCGAGGCUGAUGGUGCUCUGGACGGUGCUAUUGACGAGGUCAUCAAGAGCAACAUAAACAAGAUCAACGACAUUAUCGAUUCCGUUCUCCAAAGCGGUGUCCAGCGAGUGGAUGAUGCCAUCUACGAACUCGAUUCUCCCAUGCAAGCCGGUAAUCAGAACGCGACGGCUCCGUAUGUUUUGUCACAGAUCGAAAAGGCAUCUGCCAGUGCGACCGAGUUCUCCACGGCGUUCAAUAACUUUGUCGCCGAUGGACCCAACAGCGACCAUUCGGACAUCAUCAAGACUGUAUCCGUGUUUGCAGCCUCCAUCGCCGACGUUCUUUCCAACUCCAAGGGUCUCACGCGGUUUGCGACCGAGGAGAAAAAGGGGGAUGAAUUGACCAAUUCAGCUCGACAGGCUGCAUUGGCGACCAUCAACUUUUUCCGCUCUCUGCAGUCCUUCCGCCUUGAAGGGCUCGAACCGAUGCAAAAGUCUGACGUGGUGGUCAAUAGCAACCACGAUGUCUUGAUGAAGUUGCAAAAACUAUCGAAACUUGCAGAUGCGUUGGCACCCAAGGGCAGCAAGCUCAGCACGACCGGCGACCUGGGCGACCUGGUUGAUUCGGAACUCACCAAGGCCGCCAAUGCCAUCGAGGCCGCCGCACAACGUUUGGCAAGGCUCAAGAACAAACCCAGGGACGGAUACAGCACAUACGAACUCAAGGUCAAUGACUCGAUCCUGGAUGCCGCCAUUGCGGUUACGAAUGCGAUUGCACAGCUUAUCAAGGCAGCCACAGAGUCACAGAACGAGAUUGUCCGCGAAGGAUGCGGCAGUUCCUCACGUACGGCAUUCUACAAGAAGAACAAUAGAUGGACCGAAGGUCUGAUUUCGGCAGCGAAGGCGGUGGCUACUUCGACCAACACGCUGAUAGAGACGGCGGACGGAGUCAUCAGCGGACGAAACUCGCCUGAACAAUUGAUCGUUGCGUCGAACGACGUCGCCGCCAGUACGGCACAGUUGGUUGCGGCGAGUCGGGUCAAGGCAAGCUUCAUGAGUAAGCAUCAGGACCGGCUCGAACAAGCUUCGCGAUCGGUGGGUGCUGCGUGCAGGAGCCUCGUCAGGCAGGUGCAGGAUAUUAUUAAGCAACGCCAGAAAGAUGAUGGCGAGGCAGUUGAUUAUGGUAGCCUUAGUGCUCAUGAGUUCAAGGUUAGGGAAAUGGAGCAGCAGGUCGAAAUCCUGCAGCUCAGAAACGCCCUCGACGCGGCACAAGCCAGGCUUGGUGAGAUGAGGAAGAUUUCGUAUAGGGAGGACUAAUUGCCGGAGCGGAACCGCCACUGCGGCUCGGCGAGAUGAGGGCGAGAUGCAGAUGCAGGUGCAUCACCAAGACCACCCUGCCUUGCCUCUGGACCGGGGUCUGGCUGUUUCGGCUCGUUGCCAAAGCUGUCAAAAGGACCGAAUGAUUCCAAACGGGGCUGGCUAUUGAUCGAGAGUGUGGUGGGAAAAUGAAACUUUUGUCAAGAGGUGUUUUUAACCGUCAGAACAGUGCAUGUACGGGUUUAGAGUCACAUAUGUUAUGGUGUGCCUGGUUGAGUCAAAGCAAGCGAGGGAAGCGAACCUCAUGCAGGGUUUCUUACUGGAGUACCAUCCGUUGAAGUGUCGAUAAGGAACUACUUUUGAGAAUACUUGAUAGCGAACUCAUUCAUAAGUGUGUUACUAUCGUAUUGCACAAAUGAUUGUGACCCGAGAUUUGUU